GAAGAAGGGUAUUAAAGCAGGUGCAUUUCUGAUGAUAUGGACUUGCAGCGAUGGCUUUCUACAAAGUGAUGUGUGUGGCAACUCUGCUGACUCUCCUGACACAAGAUUCUCACUCACAACUCAAUGUGUGUGGUCAGCCUCCGCUCAACACUAAGAUUGUUGGAGGACAGGUGGCCUCUGCAGGCAGCUGGCCCUGGCAGGCCAGUCUGCAAGACUCUGGGUCCCACUUCUGUGGAGGAUCCCUCAUUAACAAUCAAUGGGUGCUGACUGCUGCUCACUGCUUCUACAGAGAAGACAUAAGCAUGAGCACUCUGACUGUGGUUCUGGGUCUCCAGAGUCUAGAGGGAAAAAACCCCUAUCAGGUGUCUCGGAAAGUCUCAAAGAUUAUAAUUCAUCCCGGCUAUAAGUCCAAAACUUAUAACAACGACAUCUGCCUCCUGAAGCUCUCCUCACCGGUGAAAUUCACCAACUACAUCCAGCCCGUCUGUCUGGCAGCCACAGGCAGCACCUUCUACAACGACACUGUCUCCUGGGUCACCGGCUUUGGGGAUGUUGGAACUGGAGUGCCCCUUCCUUACCCGGGAAACCUCAUGGAGGUGAAGCUGCCGAUUGUGGGGAACAGAGAGUGUACCUGUGCCUACGGAGUGGGCAAAAUCACAAGUAACAUGAUGUGCGCUGGGUUUAGUGCUGGAGGGAAGGACUCCUGUCAGGGGGAUUCAGGAGGUCCGAUGGUGAGCAAGCAGGGCGGCCGCUGGAUCCAGGGGGGAAUCGUGAGUUUUGGAAAUGGCUGUGCUGAACCUAAUGUCCCAGGAGUCUAUACCAGAGUGUCCCGUUAUAAUUCCUGGAUCAACAAGCAGAUCACCAGCAACUGGCCAGGCUACAUCACCUUCAAGUCCACUGGGAAGGAUGGCGACCUUAGCGUCACCUGUACUGACUGAACGGUGAUCUGGCGGUGAGCAGAGCGGCUCUUGGUUCCAGGCAGCAGUGUUGUUAGUUGGAAACAACACCACCUUCCUGGCUCAGACACCAACACCACCAGCAACAACAGCACAGCUGCCGGCAACAUACCAACUACCAGCGGGGGCGCUCCUGCUCACUCCCCCUUCUUCUUCUUCCAAUUCCUCAUCUCUGGAUGGAAACUGCUUUCUCUCUAAAAUGAAGGGUGUAAAAUUAAUAAAUGAAUAACAAUGAAUUGUUUAAGCAGCACCGAACAAAUGUAGGUAUAUGUAGCCUGGCAUAACAGCGUGUCAAGGAUCCAGAUUUUACGCAAAGAAAAGAUGAAAAGAUUUGUCAUUUACAUAAAACUUCCCUCUCAAAUAACUGGAUGGUGUUAAUUGAUUACAUUGCAGAUAGAAUUAAACUAAUGCUGUCAAUGGAAACUUAAAGGAGCAUAUUUUAGAGGUCAGAGGAACACAUGUCCAUCAUCUACCAACUGGAGCUAGUGUACCUUAAUGUACAAUUAUAUCUAAAGUGAACAAGCAGCUUUUGCUCUAAAAAAUACUUAAACUGAACUUUACAUUGAUAAUAAUUUGGUUUGAAAGAUAAAUGUCAAUAUUAAGUCUUGUCAAGUUUUGCCGUGGCAACAACUGUCCUGUAGAUGUGAAAGUGCUGAACUAUUAACCCCUUUGAUUUUUUUAUCACAAUAACCUGGUUUUUAAUUAAGGGAAAUCCUUUCUGUCGGCUUUGAGCACAUGUGUGAACUCAACUCAUGCAGUCUAAUCUAAAUGUCCUGCAGUAAAUCCUCCUUCAUGAUGGUUAUAAUCUGUUUGUGUUGAAACUGUUUUAGAGACGUGCUGAUUCAACUGUAUGGUCAUUUUGGAGGCUGAAGUUGUGUUUUUGUAGUGAAACAUGUAAAUCAAAAUAAAAAAAAUAGCAAAUGAAAAAAUG